CUGUUGUGAUGUUCCUUAUCUUUUCUAUUUGAUCAUUUAAUACUGCGAUACUGAUAUCUGUAACAUUUUAUUCAUUUCGAAUCUUAUUGUUUUUAACGGCAGUAUGGAAAAAUUGAGAAAAUUUUGCGUGUGCGUUUUACGCACGCAAUAUACGUUUUCUAAACACGAAUACUCGACGAAAUCGGGUUUAUUAAAGGAUAUAAACGUGUUAGAUCUGAGUAGAGUGAUCGCGGGACCAUUUUGUUCCAUGACCCUCGGUGACUUGGGCGCUAAUAUCAUAAAAGUGGAAAGUUUGGACGGAGAUGAAGCGCGUAAAUGGGGACCGCCGUUUAUCAAAGACAGUAAAGACUCUUUUUAUUUUCUCUCAGUGAACAGAAAUAAAAAGAGUAUUUGCAUUGAUUUCAAGAACCAAGAAGGCAAGAAAGUCAUAUAUGAUUUAGCUAGAAAAUGUGAUGUUUUGGUAGAAAACUUUGUUCCUGGCAAGCUAGACCAGCUGGAGAUUGGCUAUGAUAAACUGAAGGUCAUUAACCCCAAACUGAUAUACUGUGCUAUCACUGGGUUUGGACCCACCGGACCGUAUGCUAAGAAACCUGGGUAUGAUGUAAUAGCAGCAGCUAUGGGUGGCCUGCUAAACACGACUGGAGAACCUGAUGGAGAUCCCUGCAAGGCAGGCGUCGCUAUCACAGACAUCACUACAGGACUCCACGCCUUCGGAGCCAUCAUGACAGCUCUAUACUACAGAGAAAAGACAGGAAAAGGACAGAGAAUUGAUUGCAAUCUCCUCUCAACACAAAUAUCCAGUAUGAUCAACAUAGCAACUAUUUACUUGAACUGUGGCAUCGAAGGCCAAAGAUGGGGCACAGCACAUGCUAACCUUGUACCUUACCAAGCCUUUAAAUCUAAAGAUGGCUACAUGGUCAUUGGAACAGGAUCAAACCCACAGUUUGCUGAUCUCUGCAGGAUUUUAGGCAAGGAGGAACUGAUAACUGAUGAGAGGUUCAAGGAUAACUCAAAGAGGGUUGAAAAUAGGAAGGAAAUCAUCAGAAUUAUUAGUGAAGUUAUACGGACAAAGACUAAUAAGGAAUGGUCAGAGAUUUUCAAGAAUGCCUCGUUCCCAUGCGGUCCUAUUAAUAAAAUGAAGGAUGUAUUUGACGAUGAACAUGUUAAAGCUAUAGAGUUGGUGAAGGAGCUGCCUCAUCCUGACGCUGGUACCGUGAAGGUUGUAGGACCCCCAACAGUGUAUGGGUUAGGGGGUAACGAUGCGAGGUUGGCACCCCCAAGGUUGGGCCAACAUACUCGAGAUAUUUUGGCCAACUUUCUAGGGUAUCAUGAUAAAAAAAUUGAAGGAUUGUUGAAUAAUAAGGUUGUGCAAUAAUAGUUUAUAAUUUAUUAUAUAGGUACAAGUGAGCCGGUGGAGCGCGUCGCAGUGAUCACACUCCGGCCGACCCGUGCCGAGACACGCAAGAAGGUAGUCUGGACGGAAGACACCGUCGACAAUGAGCAUAUGAACAAGAAGAAGUCCAAAUGUUGCUGCAUAUACGAGAAACCACGAAAGUUCGACGAGUCGGAUUCGUCGGACAGUGACGACGAUGAGUGCGAGCAUUGCUUCGGACACGUGGAGAAGAAGAAGAAGGGCAAGCACCACCACAACCACGACGCCAACUGUCCACACAGUGACACCGCCGCCACUGCGCAGGGGGGGACUGUUACUCUCACUGAGACGGAGCCGGCGCCGGCGCCGGAGCCGACCGCGACGCUCACACUACAGCCGUCGCCCACACCUGCGCCUGCGCCGCCCGACAAGAAAGACGAGUAACUAACCACACGCACUGUUAAAUAAGUCAGCUUAUAUUUAAUCUAAAUAAUACAUAAUUUACCCACACAUAGACAAAUGACCGAACUAAGGUUGUAGGAAGUUGCUGGAUGCAGGUCGCUUCCAUCCGGCCUAUUUGGACGUCAUUGGGGGAGACCUAUGUUCAGCAGUGGACGUCCUAUAGCGCAUAAGAUGAUGAAUAAUAUUUACUGUUAUACUUAAAUGUGGG